AUGGAUAUGUUUUUAGAUCUUAUGGAAAUAUUAAAUGAAAUGAUGGCAAAAGAGCUUAGAAGUGCUAUUGUCAAGUUUUAUAGAAUUAAGUUCUUGCAUGACUUUUCUAAUUACGUAAUAAGUAUGGAAGAGAUAAUGGAUAUAUUAGACCACUGCCUAAUAGGACCAGUAGAGAAGGUUAACUUUACGAGGAACCAAUUUCACGGUAUGAUCAAUAACUUCGAGGACGUGAGGCACUUCGAGACGGUGGAUAAGUGCCAUAAUGAACUACCAGAUGAAGUUGCUGCUGCGCACUGUAUACUGCAUCAAGCAGUUCUUUUUAAUGAAACAAUGCAAGACAGUCUGGUAUCAAUUGUGGAAAUAAAAACGAAGCAGACCGCAAAAGACGUAAAUUCAUCAUUUCAUGAUGUACAUAAGUGUUUAAAUCAUUUUGUACCCAAUUUCUUUGAACAACUUCUUGUUGAUGCUUACUCAGUUAACUGCGAAUACAUAAGGGUAAUUAAUGCAUCAAUUGUUGACUUCACCCUAGAUAAAUGGCGUAAUAGCAAUCAAACCUUAUUUCCCAAGAAAUGGGGGAAAUUAGUAGCAAAUUUAAAGGAAAAAGCAAAAUCUCAAAAAAUAAACACGCAAGAGCCUUUGUACAUGACUUUGUUUGCGGCAAACAUUUCAUCUCAAGAUAUCGUUAAGGCUUUGUAUUUAUAG